UCCAGCCCUUCUCUGAGAGGGAGGCGAAGCAAUGGCAGCCAUGCUCCUGACAGCCUGGCCUCAGGGACGUCAUGGACCCCCUGAGGCUCAUCCAUGGACCUCCAUGGACUGCAGGUUGGGAAAGUCAUAGUCACAGUAACUCCAGUAACAUCACUUAAGGCUUCCUAUGCUGCAGGCACCAUACUAAGCACUUUGCAUGGAUUGCUCAUUCCUGACAACUGACCUCUGAGAUAGGUGCUGUGUUGGACUCAUUACACCACAAAAGACACGAAGGCAAAGGAGAUAGAGUGACUUGCCCAAGGUCUCACAGCCAUUGUGUGAUUCUUCACUGCCCAGCCUUGGGGCACGUGUGGGGCCAGUGGAGUUAACUUGGUCAGAUUUGUGAUGGCUAUGUAGGGAAUAACUUUUAGGGAGAUUCAAAAGCAGGGUGACCACUUCAGAAAGAAGUCUCCUGGUCCAGGCGAUGUGGGCUUCAUCAGGAAAGUAGUUGUUAAAGAGGGGGAUCUAAUUCUAGUAAUGCUUAACAUAAAAACCGUUAGGACUUAGAGUCAGAGUCAGGAGAUGGGGGUAAGGAAGAGGGAGGAGUCAAGAAUGAAUCCCCAGGGUUCUAGCUGAGGUUUCCUGCACAGAUAGUGGUGGGUGACACCAACUGAGGUUUGAAUUCAGGAGGAGGCACCAGCUUACCUGGGGAAAGGGCGGUGGCAGUGGGCAGUGAAGGCAUUUAAUUUUGUUCAGAGAAGUUAUUUGACCUGUCCGCGGUCACACAGCGAGUGACUCCCAGUAACUCCCAGAAGCUGACUAGAUUAUUUGCUGGGUGGAGGUUGGUAGAGUCAACCAAGACAGAUCCUGGCAGACAGGAGUUGAGGGCAAAUCCCUGCCAAUGUGUCCCCAAGGUUGUUAGAGAAGGCUGAGGCGGGCAGAGAGCAGCCGGAGUCUGCAGCUGCUCAGGAGGGAGGAGCCGGGCCUGCGAGCAUGCAGCAUCAGCCCUGAGUGGCAGAGCCGGUGCUGACUGCAGAGGGUAUUGAUGCAAAGAGGAGCAGCCAAAGGGUGUUUGAGGAGCUGGCCAACAGGAAAGCUGAGCUCCCUUCUCAUCCAAACCUUGGAUGACGGUGGAAAGGAUGAGGCUUGAAUGGGAGGGGGUAACAAAACGUCGGGUUUUCAGCAAGACCCAUCUGGAAGCAGGAUGGCUGUUGCUGCCACCCCCUCACCCCUGGUCCCCAAGCUGGUCUGGGCAGCACUGAGCUUCCUCUGCUGGAGGUUCUGAAGCAGAGGCGGCACGGCCCCUUGCUGGGAAGUUGGUGACGCGGAUCAGGCUGCAGAUGGGGCUGGAUGAGAUGGAAGCCAUGGCCAUUCUUUGGGAGCAGGAUGGAGAAGCCCAGACCUCAAGGAGAUGAAGUGGGAAUGCUGGUGGGUGGGUCCUGAGCCGUGUCCACCAGUGAGGGAGUGGCUGUACUAUCUUUUAGAAGCAUAAAAACGGCAUGAGGUUUCUCUGCCACGAGAGAAGUCAAAUGUGCCCUGGCUUGCUUUUCAGGGCCUGAGCCAUGGAAUUGGCCCUAGGGCAGCAGGAACCUGUUGUUUCAGAAGUCGGUGACCUUUGAGGAUGUGGCUGUGUACUUCACCCCAACGGAGUGGGAUGGCCUGUCCCCUGCACAGAGGGCUCUGUACAGGGAUGUGAUGCUGGAGAAUUAUGGGAAUGUGGCCUCCCUGGGAUUUCCACUUAUCAAACCUGCUGUGAUCUUACAACUGGAGGGAGGAGGUGAGCUGGGGGGCCCAUCUCCACUGGCUGCUGAAACAGGCACAGACCCUCCAGGCCUCUGGACUGAUAUUGAUAUCCAGGCUGACCAUAAUAUGACAAAGGAAAUGAACAAAGAAAAACAUAAUACAUCAUUUGUACUUCAGGGGGACUUUUCCCAGGAAACAGACUUCUCAGAAGCCUAUAUUCUAGAAAAACAACAGCAGGAAGUCCACCUAGUAGUAAGUAUGAAGAAAGAAAACAGCAGUGUCAUUGAUGGAACAGUGAAAGAUGACACAAGCCUCAUGGAGGAGUGUUUGUUUAGUCAGAGUCCAAACUUGAAUCAGUGUAAUACCAUCAUCACCACUGGAGAGGAGCCCCCUGAGUGUACAGGAUUGGAGAAAUCCUUAAAUUUUGACACAAAACUUAUCCAUCAUGAAAUAAGUAAUUCCAGGGAAAGACCAUUUGAAUGUGAAGAAUUAGUGGAAACCUUUAAGUAUAACUCUCAACUUCAUCAUCAAAACAGCUACCUUGGGGAGAAGCCCUAUCAGUGUAAGGAUUGUGGCAAAGCCUUUAGUGUUAAUGCAAAAUUAAUUUGUCAUCAAAGACUUCAUAGUGGGGAGAAACCCUUCAAAUGUGUGGAGUGUGGGAAAAGCUUCAGUUACAGUUCCCAUUACAUUACACAUCAGACAGUCCACAGUGGGGAGAAGCCCUAUCAGUGUAAGGUGUGUGGGAAAGCCUUCAGUGUUAAUGGGAGUCUAAGCAGGCAUCAGAGAAUCCAUUCAGGAGAGAAGCCUUAUCAGUGCAAGGAGUGUGGAAAUGGCUUCAGCUGCAGUUCUGCAUAUAUCACACACCAGAGAGUCCACACUGGGGAGAAACCUUAUGAGUGUAAUGACUGUGGGAAAGCUUUCAAUGUUAAUGCAAAAUUAAUUCAACACCAGAGAAUCCACACUGGAGAGAAACCUUAUAAAUGUAAUGAGUGUGGGAAAGGCUUCAGGUGCAGUUCCCAGCUUAGGCAGCAUCAGAGCAUCCACACUGGAGAGAGACCCUGUCAGUGUAAGGAGUGUGGGAAAGCCUUCAGUAAUAAUACAAAACUCACUCAGCAUCAGAGAAUCCACACUGGUGAGAAGCCCUAUGAGUGCACUGAAUGUGGAAAAGCCUUUAGUGUCAAAGGGAAGUUAAUCCAGCACCAGAGAAUCCACACUGGUGAGAAGCCCUAUGAGUGUAAUGAAUGUGGAAAAGCCUUCAGGUGUAACUCCCAGCUUCGACAGCAUCUGCGAAUCCACACUGGAGAGAAGCCCUAUGAGUGUAAUGAGUGUGGAAAGGCCUUCAGUGUCAAUGCAAAACUAAUGCAGCAUCAGAGGAUUCACACUGGGGAGAGACCCUUUGAAUGUAAUGAGUGUGGAAAAUGCUUUACUUCUAAAAGAAACCUACUUGAUCAUCACCGAAUACACACUGGAGAAAAACCUUAUCAAUGUAAAGAAUGUGGGAAAGCCUUCAGUAUCAAUGCCAAACUAACUAGGCAUCAGAGAAUACACACUGGGGAGAAACCUUUCAAAUGUAAGGAAUGUGAUAAAGCGUUUAGCUGUAGUUCUGAUUAUAUUGUACAUCAGAGAAUCCAUACUGGAGAAAAACCCUUUCAGUGUAAGGAGUGUGGAAAAGCCUUCCAUGUUAAUGCCCAUUUAAUUCGGCAUCAGAGAAGCCACACUGGGGAGAAACCCUUCAGAUGUGUGGAGUGUGGCAAAGGCUUUAGCUACAGUUCUGACUGUAUUAUACAUCAGACUGUCCACACCUGGAAGAAACCCUAUGUGUGUAAUGUGUGUGGGAAAGCCUUCAGGUUUAGCUUCCAACUUAGUCAACAUCAGAAUGUCCACAGUGAAGGAAAAUCCUAAUGAGAAGGAUGUAGAAAACUCUUGAGAUUAAUGUUGAACUGAAUCAGGUACCAUGAGACUUACCCUGGUGGAAAACCCUGAGAGAGAAAUGAAUGUAGCAAUCUUUACAUGGAAACAAAUCUUCCUCAUUUUAUUUAUUACAUUUUAAAUCAGAAAUGAAGACCAGUUAAAAAGUAACAUUCAAAAACAAAUAGGUCAUUAGGUGGCAGAGAGGAGAGAGGCUUGCCUAUGCCCAGCAUCCUGGCCAUGGACAUCUGGAUAGUUGAUAGCCUGACACUCGGAAAACAAACA